CUCGCAAGCAAAACCCAUCUCACAAGCAACAAUUUCUCCAACACCCACAACACCACAAAGCAAAACUCUCUGUUAGUCAUUUUCUCAAACACAUGGCAACGCCCAAUUUGGCAAUCAGGAUGAGGGUGCUGAUUCCACAAAUGUUGGCGCUGCUUGUGCUGUGCCUAAUGGCCUCACAGGGGAAUGCCUUGGUGCCCUACACUAGGUCACUGUGGGACAUGAUGCUCCCAACAGAGGAUCCUUUUAGAAUCCUUGAGCAAACCCCUCUAACAAUCCCAAAAUCAAUGGAGACACCAUUGGCAUUGGCAAGGGCAGACUGGAAGGAGACACCCACAUCACAUGUAAUCACACUUGACAUUCCGGGGAUGAAGAAGGAUGAUGUGAAGAUUGAGGUUGAGGAGAACAGAGUGUUGAGGAUAAGUGGGGAGAGGAAAGAUGAGGAGGAGAUUGAAGGAGAGAAAUGGCACAGAGUUGAGAGGACGAAUGGGAAGUUUUGGAGGCAGUUCAGGUUGCCUGCAAAUGCAGAUUUGGAUCAAAUCAAGGCACAUCUGGAGGAUGGGGUUUUGAGGAUUACUGUUCCUAAAUUUGCAGAGCAGAAGAAGAGGCAGCCUAAAGUGAUCAACAUUGCUGGGGAGGAAGGCUCUUCUGCUCAGGAUAUUAAGGCCACCAAAGCUGAAAUGUGAAAAGUAAUUUGAGGGCUUUUGAUCAGUGUGUGUGUGUAUGUUUGGUUCUUGUAUUUGACGGGAUCUUGUUUUCCUUGUACGGAUCCGGAGUCUAAUGAUAAAAUGAACUAUAAAUUGUAAUGUGAUUUAUAUGUAAUAAAAAUGUUCCCUAUUGGUUUUCCUAAAUAA